GACACAUCGCUUUCUUUGUCUUUGUGUUCGCAUGUGAACAUCCCUCGAAGAACGCAAGUCCUCACAGCCAUAAACCAGAGAGGCAUUCGGCCAUUUGCCAGCCCUCUGAGUCUCUAGGCUCCACUUUUACCAUUUUUAAUCCCCUGCUCUCUUUCCAGAGCUCCCAGUUUUUUGUGCACCUCACUAUGACACGGUUGUACUGUUUAUGAACCAUUUCUGUACGCAAUUGGGGUUUCAGUGUUUUGGGCCAAUUUUCUGUGAUUAUCCAAAUCCAGGCAAGUUAGUGUUAGUGGGUUUUUAAAGUAAGAAGCUUUUGUAAUCAUGGUUGAUGAUUUAAAGAGUGAUUUUCAGAAAAGGAGAAGCCUUUUAGUGAUGUUUUAGCAGCUGGGUAUGUGGGCAUCGUUGUUUGCCGGUAAAGUAGUAUGCAAGGUAAAGAGAACUGGUAAAGCAUAGAUAUUUCUUUCAUCUUUUGGGUCCUUGAGAAAGUUCAUGAUCUUGGUUAUUGGACUUGUCCUCUGGUCAUAGAAGAUUGGAACUGUUGAGAAGUUCCCAGCAAAUUAAGCUUUCCUUUUGCUUUCUUGGGUUUCUAUUGAAGUGGAUGAAAACUUUUGAGUGAAACAUUUGAGCUUGAUUUUGCAGUUUUUGAUGUAAUAUCAGUAGUUUUCUGAUGAGAUUUGAUGACAAAGAUGAAAUCUUUGAGUAGCGUAGGACUUGGUUUGAGUGUAGUUUUUGGUUGUCUUUUCUUGGCUCUCAUUGCUGAGCUUUACUAUUUGUUGUGGUGGAAGAAGAGGUUCACCAACAGAGAGAUUGAAAAUGACUACAGCAGCCCCCAAAAGGAGCUGUUCUACACGUUCUGCUGGAGAAGGAACUCUUCUUUGUGCCACACAGCUCGAGGCCCCAGAGAACUCUGUGCUUCAUUGAGAAUGACAGAAACCCUUGUCCAUGAUCCAAAUUCUCAGCUUCAUAUGCACACAAGCAACAAUUUGCUGCUCAAACAAUUGGAAGAGGAUGAGCUGGACGCAGAGCUUAUGAGGCUGCAAAACGCUGCAGGCCCUCCAAGACAUCUCUUCACAAUUGUGGAAGAAACAAAGGAGGACUUGGAAUCUGAAGAUGGCAAGUCUAGAGGUGAUAGGAGCCAAAAGGGGUCAAGAAGUAAGAGUUUGAGUGAUUUGCUUGUCACUGUAGAGACACCAUAUUUGACUCCUUUGGGUUCUCCAACUCUUUUCACACCUCCUCUCACUCCUGCGGUGGAUUCUCACAACCAGCAUGGAUUCAGCCCUCUGUUUGAAUCAAAAACUGAUGCAGAAUUCAACAGGUUGAGGUCAUCUCCACCUCCCAAGUUCAAGUUCUUGCAGGUAGCUGAGGAGAAACUUAGAAUAAAACUAAAGGAAGAGGCUGAAAAGGGUGUUCAUAAGAUUGAUGGUCAAGUUCAAGAGAAAGGAAAUAAAGCUCCUCCCAUUUCAAGGUUCCUUAAAGAUGAGGAAGAUGGUUCUUUUAUCACAAUAAUUGUUGACAAAAACAAAGAAAGGGAGCUUAAUCAUCACCAUCUCCAGCUACCACAAUACCAUUCAAGCACUUCUCAGGUUCUUCCCCUUGCUUCUUCACCUUCAGCAUUCAGAUCACCAAUUAACAAGAAGCCCACUUUACAAUAGAGAACAAUUUGAUCUCUCUCUUUUUUUUUCUUCUCUUUUUUCUUUUUGGAUUUUAUUAAUUUUUGGUGUGUCGGGUUUAUCUUGUUUUUUAGGCUGUUAUAGAGGGUUUAGUAAUAGGUUAAUAUGAAAAAUCCCUUGUGCAAUGUAUCUUGAAUUUUAAUGGCGGGGACACAUUUUCUGCAACCUGAUGGUGGGAGAGAUGGGUCUGGUGCAAGUGGGGGACCUGUGGCUGUGAAGUUAUUUGUUUUAUUCAGUCUCAAAUGUCCCCUGAGUUGUCUGAUACCUGUAAUCUUCUUGUGAGUGAUGAUGCUACAACAACUGAUGUUCUUGU